AUGAUUACAAACAUUUUCAACUAACCUGAAAUAAGCAAAACAAUAAUUUCAAAUCUUAAUACAAAGGAUUUAGCUAAUUUGAGUAGAUGUAAUAAAUAUUUCAAAUAAUAAUUGAAUUUUAUUUUGAAAAAACAUUUAGAAUAAAGAUUAGUGCACUUUUUAAAUGUAUUUAAUAUUUUAUAAAACCAUCUAGAGUCUAAGGGAUAUAUAUAAUUUUAGAAAAAAAACUAUACCUAUGUUGCCUAAAGAUUUAUAUAAAGUACCAAAAAAUAUGGAAAUAAAAAUUAAGGAUUAAGGUGUUUAAAUUAUCAAAAUUUAAUUAAAAGAUCUUCCAAAACAAUUUCUUACUUUAAAUUGGCAAUCUGUUAAUAUUAAUUCUAUACUGCCUGAAGAUAGUAAAUUAAGUACAUAAGAUAAUAAAGCAUUUAAAUAUAAUGAGAAUUAUAUUAUUAUAAAUAGAUCUCUAAUUGAUUAAGGAUUAAAUUAUGAAUUCUUAGAAAUAAAUGAAGAUUGUUCAAAAGAAAUAUUAGAAAAGAUAGCUUAAUCAUCUGAAUUUGCUAAUUAUUAAUUAAAUGAUAUGCAAAGUAUAUUAAGUAGACAAAAAGAAAUACUUGAAAGAGUUCAUUAGAAUAAGUAAAAAGUUAUAAAGCAAAAACAAUAAUAAGAACCAAAUUUAUAAUAAUUAGAUAAUGUUUAAAAAUUUGCAAUUAUCUUGUGUCAUGGAGGAUAUUUUUGUUUAGGAGUCUUUGACAAUACAGGAUGUAUAUAUCAUAAAAGUGAUCAUCGCUAUGUUGUAAGAGGAAAGGCAGGAGGCCGAUAAUUAAACAAGGAUUCACAUUCUGGAUCUAAUAUUAAAUCAAUAGGAUCUCAAAUAAGAAGAGCUUAAGAGAAAAAACAUUAAGAAAAGGUGAAUAGUAUUCUAAAUGAAUCAUUACCAAUUCUACAAGCUUGCUAAAUUCUAUUUCUUUAAGCUCCAGGAAUAAAUUAAUAAUUAUUGAUUCAAAAUGAAGAACCAUUAUUUUUACUUAAAGAUAAAAUAAGAUCUAUCUGUUUAACAGCCAAAAAGGCAAAUUAUACAGAAGUGGAAAGAGUUUAUAAGUCAAUAACAAGUGUUUAUUUAAUUUAAAAGGAAGAAUCCUUUUUCUUUUGA